AUGGUUGGUCCGCCAUAAUCAUUCGUGUGGGUCUGUGGUUGUGUGGUUUGGGUGUCUUACCGGUGCCAAGCAUUAUUUUUAAUUAGUAAUAAGUUAUGCGUAUGAAUCCAGACAUGGACGAUGACGAGAAGGGAAAACUGUUUGUCGGUGGUCUGUCGUGGGAAACUUCACAGGAGAAUCUGCAGCGCUACUUCUCGCGUUAUGGCGACGUGAUCGAUUGCGUUGUGAUGAAGAACAGCGAGUCUGGCCGCUCGAGGGGCUUUGGAUUUGUCACAUUUGCUGAACCCAGCCUUGUUAAUGUAGUGCUCCAGAAUGGACCACAUCAACUCGAUGGCAGAACCAUCGACCCGAAGCCGUGCAACCCGCGCACGCUGCAGAAGCCCAAGCGUGGCGGAGGCUAUCCCAAGGUGUUCCUGGGCGGUCUGCCCUCCAACAUCACCGAGACCGACCUGCGCAUGUUCUUUGGCCGCUACGGCAAGGUCAUGGAGGUGGUCAUCAUGUACGACCAGGAGAAGAAGAAGUCCAGAGGUUUCGGCUUCUUGUCGUUCGAGGACGAGGUGUCAGUGGAGAGAGUGACUCAGGAGCACUUCAUCAACCUUAACGGCAAACAGGUGGAAAUCAAGCGCGCGGAGCCUCGCGACGGGUCCGGCAAGCUGGGCUCCGGGUCCGGCGGUAUGGGCGGCGGCGCGAUGGGCGGAGCGCCCGGGGACGCCCCCGCCGCAGGGCAGUGGGGCCCGCCGCAGGCCGCGCCCAUCAACAUGAUUCAGGGCCACAACGGACAGAUGGGAGGCCCACCCAUCAAUAUGCCUAUGGCCGGACCUAACAUCAUGCAAGGGUACCAAGGGUGGGGCACGUCCCCGGGGCAGACGUCGUACGCGGGGUACGGCGCGGCGGGCGGCGGCGCGGGCCCCGGCAACUACCAGGGCUGGGGCGCGCCGCCCGCCCCGCAGGCGCCGCCGCACGCGCCCGCCUGGCCCGCCACCAACAACUACACGCAGCACGCGCAGCCGCCCGCGCAGGGAUACGGCAGCUACGCGAACUACAGUUCAGCGCCGGCGGGCGCGUCGGCCGGCGGCUCGUGGACCACUUGGAACAUGCCGCAGAACUCCAACUCAACCGGCUCCGGGUCGUACGUGCCGCUGUCGGAGAGCGGGGAGAUGUACGGGCGCGGCGCGGGCGGCGGCGGCGGCGGCGCGGCGCCCGCGCUCACCGGCGCGCUCUCCUCCGCCGCGCUCAACAAGUCCUCCUCCGAAUACUCCACGUACCAGCAGUACCCGCCCGCGUACCAGCAGGACCAGGGGUCUUCGUACGGCGGGUCGCGGACGUACGGCGGCGAGUACCACGGCGCGGCGGGCGGCGCGCAGCCGCCAGAGGGUGAUGGUGUAGGCAGCAACGCCGGCAGUCCAAAAUACGCACAGAUACCCCAGAUGAACGAGGCCAUCUCUGCGCCCCCACAGCAGGUACCGUUAAUGUAUUGCGGCAUGGUGUCGCCGCAGCCGUCGUUCUGUAACGUGUCCGAUAUGUCCGCCUCGGCCUCAGGUGAUGACUAUGAAUAUACCGGCGGCUCCGGAGACGGGUACCAGCGGUCGUCGAAGCGCAGCUACCAUGGAUCGUCGGGGGGUGCGGCCUCCACGCCCUCCUACCACCCCUACCGGCGCUAACCACUGACGUAGUUAACCAUCCCCCUACCACUAUGGUAUUUUUGAUUACAACGUUUUCGGUUCUCUUUAAUCCUGUCACGGUACGAUGUUAAUUUUCUAUCUGUACUUUUUAACUUUAGCGGUAAUGACAUUGACAGGCGCAACUUGUAAAGAACCGACAUAUCAAUAUUUGUAUUAUAGUUUUUGUAUUCGCUUAAUCAUUGAGUUUGUAAAUGAUUUUUACUGGGCGCGAGUUUUUUAAGAGAUCUUUACUAUUGGUGUUUUUUGGAAGUUUUAUAAUUUGCACGCGAUGACGAGGAAUUCAAAAGAUGUUUGGAAGAGAAAUAUCUCAAAUCUUAUAAGACCGUGCCCAGAUAUAAGUUAGUAUAAUAGAUUUUUCUUUUAGAUGAUUUUCUUUCUAUUUGGAUGAUUGACGGUUUCAAUGGCUUUGGAAACUGAAAUUUAUAGUUGUAUCAAACGUAUGCAAGAUUCAGAUUUGUACAAUACAUUUAUUUUUAUAUCUACCCUCAUUUUACCGAUCAUUAUAGUUCCUUGACUAGUUUGGUUAAACCACAUGACAUAGUGUAAGAUUUCUUGCGAUUCUAUUUUUAAAAAUUAUAAACGUAUUUUAUUACGUACAUUAGGUACAUUUUUUCUACUAAAGUCCAUAACAAAAUUAAAGCUAUGACGGUCAUUUCAACAACUAUUUGAUAGUUUUUUAUAUUCGUAUUACAGUUAGCAAGAUACACACACAUAGGCGUUCUAGUUUUUCCCUUUACGGCACACUAGUGAACUAAAUCCCGACAAAUUUAGUCGUUAAUUUUGCUUCUACCUUCAACACUCGAUUGUAGCCCGGUUUCUUAACCGGUGUAUUCAUUGGUCCAGAAGUUAAACCAUAGGUUUGCUACCAGUCAAAAAAAAAUCGUAACUCAAAAGAUGUAUUUCAAAUGAAAGGAUUAUUGGAACUAGUUUGGUAAUGUAGACACUUCAAAAAUAUGUUUAAACGUUUUGGUAUAUUCAUUUAGGGUGUUGUAAAGGAACUGAUUUGUAUUUUUAAUUUUCUUCGAUUUAGUCUUAACCCGCAAAAACCUCAUAGCUGUUCUUGAUAAAAUGCCCAAUGUAAUUGUAAAUUAAUGAUAAUGAGAUUAUGACUUCUGCAAGUUUGUCCAUCAAAAUAGUUUUAAGCAUUUGCAUUUAUGACAAAUUAAGAGAGUGCUAGAAGCACGUUCAAGUUACGUAUAUUUUUUGAAUUGUGGAUAACGAUGGAUAUGAUAUAUUUGCCGCAUGUCAGGUUAAUCCAAAAUUUUGAUUGCAUUCUGUGAGGUAAAGUUAAACAAUAAUAUAUUGGUCCUUCGAGCAUCAUAAAUUACUUUUCCUACUUCAUCUUGGAAUUCGACAGUUUUGCGGCAUGCUCUAUCCAAUCACAAUGUUCACAUUUGAUUUCUUUUUGUUCAUUAAAAUAAAUGUAACUAAUAAAUUUAA